AAGCUUAAGUUAAUAAGUACUACCAGAUAUAUUCCACUAAUGGUAGUACAAAAACACAGAGCAGGUUUUGAUCAGAGUGGUUAGAGAUGGUUGGAACUAAUCACAGGCCGAAAUUUGUUGUGUUCGGAUCAUCCAUUGUUCAGUAUGCUUUUCACAAUAAUGGCUGGGUUUCUAUUUUAGCUGAUCUCUAUUCUCGUAAAGCAGAUAUAGUGCUGCGAGGAUAUGCAGGUUGGAAUUCAAGGCGAGCCCUUGAAGUUCUUGAUCAAGUUUUUCCAAAGACUGCAGAUGUACAGCCCGAUCUCGUGAUAGUAUAUUUUGGGGGUAAUGACUCAACGAGACCACAUCCUUCUGGCCUGGGUCCUCAUGUACCUAUUCCUGAAUACAUUGAAAACUUGAAAAAAAUUGCGCUCCAUGUCAAGAGUUUGUCGCAGAAGACACGAGUAAUCUUCCUUAGUUCUCCUCCUAUGGAUGAGGCUCUAUUCUGCAAAUUGCUCUGUGUUGGAUUAGACAAGCUGCCGCGAACAAAUGAGCUGGCCCGAGUAUAUGCUGAAGCUUGUGUAGAGAUGUGCAAGGAGUUGAACAUUAAAGUUAUUGAUCUUUGGAGUGUGCUACAGAAACAAGAUGAUUGGUCUGCUUGCUUCACGGACGGGAUACAUUUAUCACCCGAGGGGAGUAAGAUUGUGGCGAAUGAGAUACUUGCAGUUCUUGAAGAGACAGACUGGGAACCAAAUCUGCACUGGAAGUCUUUGCCUAGUGAAUUUUCUGAGGAUUCGCCAUAUGAUAUUCUAGCUUUUGAUGGUAAGACCACCGUAAAUUUAUGUGAUUCGGACUUCUACCGGAGAAACGAAGGGAAACCAAGCAAACCAGAAACUUAAUGAUUUGAUUAUGUUGUGCAACUGUUGAAGAAAUAGUAUGGCAUUAGAGCCAAGGAGGUCAAAGGAGCCAUCGUCCCGGUCCUUCUAUCUGUUAGAGUGAUUACAGUGAUUUGUAAUAAGGUUAAUUAGUUACCGAGGUGAGGUUAAUGUAGAAAUUGGUUACUGAAGUGAAAACGGUAUCAAGAUGGUCCCUAAAAUCAUCAUAAAUAUCAAACAAGUACCUCAAAAUAUGAGUUUAACCAGUAAAAAUAUUAUUUAUAGAGUUUUACACAUUA